AUGAUCAAGCGUUUCGUUGCCCUUCUCCUGGUGGUUCUGGUUGCUAUGCUGAGCUGCGCUCAUGCAGAAGAUCCCGCUGCAGAUUCAGCAGUAGAGACUAAUCCUACGGAGCAAGUUCCACCCGGUGUGACGAUGACAGGGGAUAAGGAGCCAUUGCCGAUGAACAAGGAGCAGCUUGAGCAGCUUAUUGGUGGUGGAGGUGGUUUUAUUCCGACGGGAGGAAUCACAUACCGUUGGCGCUACACAUACCCAUUUGCUGGAGGUUUUCGAUAUGGUUGGCGCUACCCGAUUGGCUACUGGAACAAAUUUGGUCGCUCCAUUUUUGGGUCAAAUUGUGGUUUCGGUCGUCCAUUUGGCGGUUGGUUCUACUGUUAA